AUGUUUUGUGCACAGUGCAAGGUGGCAUGGCACUCCGGCGUCACCUGUGAAGAUUUCCAGCAGCUCAGGACUGAUGAACAGGGCCGAGAUGACCCGCUGCUUAGGAAGGUCGUCGUGCAUGAGAAUAAGUGGCAGAGGUCCCAGCAGGUCAGGAAUGAUGAACAGGGCCGAGAUGACCAGUUGCUUAUGAAGGUCGUGCAUGAGAAUAAGUGGCAGAGGUCCCUCCGGUGUUUGGUAGCUACAUGUAAAUCUUUGUGGAAGUCUGAAGCAAAUCGGAUGAUCGAUGUGGGUCAUAGCACCUUUGUCUCAACUGAAGACAUGGACAGACAGAAACAGAAAGAAGCGUUGGAUAAUAUGCUUCAGGAGCUAGGCCAAUGCUGCCCUGGUGGGUAUGCGAUUGCCAGCAGUGAAUUCUACUGCACCAUAUGCAUGGAGUCAGUGGACGUCCGGGAGCUCUUCCCCGUUUCUGGGUGCACACACCUCUUCUGCGUCAGCUGCGUGAGCCAGUACAUCACUGCAAAGGUCGAGGAUAAUGUGUUGUCCAUUGGCUGCCCUGAACCGGGUUGUAAGGAUGGUGCACUGGACCCAGAAGUGUGCCGCGACCUGAUCCCGCUGCAGCUGUUCCAGAGGUGGGGCGCUGCCCUCUGUGACUCGGCGCUAGGUGCAUUCAAGUUCUACUGCCCCUUCAACGACUGCUCGGCAUUGCUGGUUGACGAACGCCGCCAUGGUGAGGCAGUGAUAACACAAGCUGAGUGCCCACACUGCUGCCGGAUGUUCUGUGCGCAGUGCAAGGUGGCAUGGCACGACGGUAUCACCUGCGCAGACUUCCAGCGGCUUGGCAAGGAUGAGCGGAGCAGGAAUGACCUGCUGCUGAGGAAGGUCGCGCAGCGGAGCAAGUGGCAGAGGUGCCCCAAGUGCAAAAUGUACAUCGAAAGGACCGAGGGCUGCGUGUACAUCGUCUGCAGGUGUGGGCAUCGCUUCUGCUAUCUCUGCGCAUCCCCAAUGUCACGAGGCAUCCAUCGUUGCAGUAGGUGCAAGAGGACCUGGUGA